AUGCUGGCGAGCGAGCGACUGCUGGCGCUGCCGAACGGAGGAUUGCCCACGGGAUUCUUCGGCCCGAGCACGACGGAGGCGGUGAAGAAGUGGCAAAAAGUGCGAGGGAUCGAACCGACGGGGGUGUUCGGGGACGCCUCGCGCGAGGCGUACCUGGCGCAGAAGAAGACGGCGCUCUUCGCGAGCGUCUUCGGGCCGCAACCGCCCUCGCGAGCGUGGCUCACCGCGGAAAAGUUUGGGAAACCGAUCGCGCGCGCUGCGCGCACUGGAACGUGGACGAAGGAGGCGUAUUUAUCCGCCAACGACGUCUUCGCGGCGUCGUUCCUGUCGGGAGUGCUGUUUACGGUGGCGAUUUUGUUUCAACACAAGGCGCGGAAUCGAUGGAAGGAGCUCGAGGCGGAGAAUCGACGGGCCGGCGUCGCGCGCACGCGCGGCGAGCUCGUCUCGGCGAUCGUGCGCGAGUGUUUGGACGACGCGUCUUCGUACUUUCGUGGGAUUUUCGAUCGCGCGCGCGGGAAACUCGCCACCGGCGCGGCGCUCCGAGCGCGCUCGCCGACGCCGGCGCGACGUCGAUUCUUCCUCGGUGGGUUCGCGCUGCGUCUCGGGAAUUGGCGCGUCGGUUCUUGGGAUUAG